CUCCACCUGAAGACCUACAAAGCAACAGCUCAGUCACUGCCACCAACACAGAAGAAGACAUGGUGUCAAUCAAAGCUCUAGCGAUUUGUCUCGCCAUUUGUCUACUGGCCACAAACACAUCUGCUGUGUCUCAUUCAUGCUGCCGAAGAUACAUGAAGGGUAGACUACGAUUUACUGUAAUUCGGGGAUACUCACUCCAGAGUGUGAAAGAGAUGUGUCCUAUCAAUGCCAUCAUUUUCCACACAAACAAUGGUAAAGUGUGCACUGAUCCUGCUUUGAGCUGGGUGAUGGACUAUGUCAACCGUUUAAGGAUCAAAGCACAAAAUGUUCAUACCGCACAGGCGCGGGCAUAAACUUCAAAGAAGAUAUUCUACUUUUUGAAGGGGGACGGUGAAGCCUAGCUACUGUGAACAAACAACUUUCUAUCUCAGCUUUGCCUGUUA